AUGUUCCGUUACAUUACAAUUUUCGCCUUGGUUAGUUGUGCCUUCGCCGGUACCCUGCCCGAUGAUUUCGAUGGCCGUAUUGUCAAUGGUGUUGAUACGACCAUUGAAAAACAUCCCUAUCAGGUGUCGCUGCAAACCACAUCGGGUGGUCAUUUCUGUGGUGGUUCCAUCAUUAGUGAAGAUAUUAUCGUAACAGCUGCCCAUUGCCUGCAAAAAUAUACUGCCGCCCAGAUCAGAGUACGUUUGGGUUCCACGGAAUACAACACUGGUGGUGAAUUGGUUGCUGUCAGAACAUUCCGCAAUCAUGAAGGUUAUAAUUCCGAGACCAAGGUUAAUGAUAUUGCUGUCAUGAAGUUGGACACUCCCGUUCGAGAAUCUUCAAAGAUCCGUUAUGUACCAUUGGCGGAAAAAACUCCAGCUACCGGCACACGGGCUGUCGUUACCGGCUGGGGUACAAAGUGCUAUAUGUGGUGUGUUUCCGCACCAACGAUUUUGCAAGAAGUUGAGGUUGAUAUUGUCGAUGAGAAGGCUUGUGGGUCCAGUGAAUAUAAAUAUGGUUCGCAAAUCAAGGAAACUAUGGUCUGUGCCUAUGAUGUUAAGAAGGAUGCCUGUCAGGGUGAUUCUGGUGGUCCGUUGGUAUCGGGUGGUAAAUUGGUUGGUGUUGUCUCAUGGGGUCGUGGCUGCGCUAAGGAGGGUUAUCCCGGUGUUUAUGCUGAUGUACCCAGUCUACGUGAAUGGGUGGUGAAGACAGCUAAGGAAUUGUAA